AUGUCGGGCCGCGCGGGGCCGGGCUGGCGCCGCGGGCGGCUGGGCUCGGCGCCGGCCCCGGCUCCUGGCCGUAGGCGGCUGAAGCCGCUGCGCACGGUGGUGGCGUGGAGGGGCCGGGCGGAGUGGGACCAGGUGAUGGUGGGGCUGUACUGCGGGGACAGCCGGCUGCAGCAGGACGCGCUGGACCGGGUGUCGGCCUGGAAGAGCCGUUAUGGUCAAAAAAUGCCUCUUGCAGUGGAUUGCACCGCAGAACUGAUUCGUUGCAAGGUCCUGGAUUCAUCUGGCAGAUUGAAGUCACAUGAGCUCAUCCUCUCUUAUGGGCUGGCUCUUGUAAGGUUUGUCAACUUGAUCACAGAAAGGAAACAGAAGAUGGCCAGCAUUCCUCUGAGACAAUUAGCCAGAGAGGUGGAUAUCCCCAUCUGGGUUGUGGACCUGCGUCACGAGCUGACCCACGGGAAGCUGCCGCGGCUGGCCCUGUGCCGCAAGGGUUGUGAUGUUGUGCUGGACUGGCUACGAAAGACAUAUUGGAGCCGUCAACUGGGCAAUAACUUGUGUGAAGAAAGUGAGGAUGAGGAUGAGGAUGAGGAAGAGGAGGAAGCAAACACAGAGUUGGGCAAUGAUGCAUGGGAGGUUCAAACCCCGCAGCAUGAGGCCUGUCAGAAACACAAGGAAUUCCACGAAAAAGUCAGAGAUAUUCUGAUAUCUUACAAGAAUGAACAGUUUCGGGUUAUGCAGGCUAUGCAGUCUGCUUCAAAGUCUCGAGAAUUGUGGUCUGAUUCCUCUUCAGAAAUGGAUUGGAUUUUGGCUCAAAUCAAAGACCUGAUGCAGGAAAACAGGGAAGCAGUGGCUGAAGCUCUUCUCAGUGAUGGCUUUCUCAUCCCAAAGAUGGAUUGUCUGAAGUUGCUAAAUAUCAAGUAUGAAGCAAAUAAAGAGGUAUGGCAGUUCAAAAUUCCUCAGACCUUUUACUGCUUUUGGCAACCUUUGCUGACAGGCCUCCUUUCACGAAGUUUUACACAGAUCCUAAUAGAGAAAAUGUUUAUGGAGCUGAAGGAAUGUUCUGACUCUUCAGAACUCAGGCAUCAGUUCUUGAUCAGCUGGAUUUCUGAGUUGCUGACUGGCAUUGCCAAAGUAAACGCUGGGAAGAAAAAACAGCACUGUAACAAACAGGUGUCGGUGAAGGAGCUGUUCCUCCAUAAAGUUCCUUUGCAGUGGAUAAGACUGACUGACAGUUGCUUGGAAGCUCCCUGCUGGGCAACCCCACAUCUUCUUCAGCUGAUCCUCACAAUCAUGAGACCUCGCUUGUCACGUACUUCUCGGAAGAACCUUCUCUAUCUUGCUUCCAUUUACACAGAAGGAGGUGCCCCUUUGUCCAGUCCAGGCCUCUCUUCAGACAGCAGUGAACAUCCAAUUUACACUAUAGAGAGCUUACAGUGGAGAGUCAGGCAGGAAAAUCAGGUUAAAAAUCAAGGGCAGACUGUAGAGAAAGAAGAUGAUGUGCUGGAGAGAGAUGAUGGUGUAGAGGAAGUGGAGGAGGAGGAAGAAGAGAUGGUAACUGAAACAAAUCCUUUGGAAGGACUGGCUCAUCCUGGUAACAUGGCGGCUGUGGCUGAGAGAAGAGCAGCACUGCAAGGGUCCCCCUGGCAGAUCACUGCAGAUGAAGUACAAUGGAAAGACUUUCCUCUUGGGAAACUCCCAGGUCAGACAGAUGACCCUGAUGGUCUCAUGUUGGAUAAUUAUUCUAUGAUGUCCCUGCUUGAUCAGCCAGUGAGAGAUGAGUGGAAGACUCUCCAUACAAACUCUGCAGAAUUGAAAAUUCAUGGGACAGGAGGAUUGUUAUGGACCCAGAAUGACUUCCAUAAAAUAAAAAGUGGCCUUCAACUUUUCUGAGACAGCAUCAGAGUGCUCUGUGACUUUCAGUAUUGCACAAGUUAAGUGGGAUGGAAGAACUACUAAUGGUGGUGGGGAAAUAAUUUGUUGUUGUUGUUGUGAUUUACUGAUUUUUUACCAAAUAAAAUCAGUGUUUUAUAAAGGUGGUUUAAGGUCCAUGUAUAGUAACCAUUGUCUUGCUUAACCACUGUCAUGAACCUUUAGCUCUAGCUGAUGUUUGCCAAA